UGGGUGCGCACAGCUCGGGUUUGUUGCGCGGGCACUGAAGCAGCGGUGUAACCGAUCCCAGCUGCUGCCGCGAGGGAAUGAGAGCUAUUCGCGUCCCCCGUGGGUUAGUCACGUGUCCAUGGGGAGCGUUUUAGAUUGGGGACCGCGACAGGAGAGAGAGAGAGAGAGAGAGAGAGUAAGGAGCGCACCGUUGCGCACAGCCGAGUUGGACAUCAACAUCUUUAACGCGCGUUAAAACGAUCACGCGGCGAAUCAAGCAGAUCAGUUUUGUUUUGGGGCGUUGUCACAUACACUCAACAGUGGUGUGUGUGACACACAGACCUGUCAGGCACCAACACGGUGUGUGUCCUCAGUCACUCACUCGUCAAAACUUCUGCGCUUACCAACUGUGAUCUUUACUGCGAGCGUCACGUUGUUGCCAGCCACUGCUACAAGUCGACGCACGGAGCUGUCACGGCGAACAGAGCCCAUCGUCGUCCACAGUGGUGCUGCUCAUUGCUAACUAGGCUGCCUCCGAGCCCACAGGUACUUGGCCAGCUUCUGUGGGAUUUGAUGUCACCUUUAGAGUGGUUUAACUGAAGAUGGAAACACUGGAGUCUGAGCUGACCUGCCCGAUCUGCCUGGAGUUAUUUGAAGAUCCUCUGCUCUUGCCCUGCGCCCACAGCCUGUGUUUUAACUGUGCUCACCGCAUCCUGGUGUCUCACUGCUCCACCAGCAAGCCCCUCGAGUCCAUUUCGGCCUUUCAGUGCCCCACCUGUCGUUACGUCAUCACGCUGAAUCACCGCGGCCUGGAGGGCCUUAAGCGCAAUGUGACGCUGCAGAACAUCAUUGACCGCUUUCAAAAGGCCUCCCUCAGUGGCCCCAACUCCCCCACCGAGAGCCGGCGUCUGCAGCCGCAGCGGCCCUACACCGCCACCAUUAGCGGUACAAUAGCUGGAACUAUUGGCGGCGGUGGUGGUGGUGGCACAAGUGGAAGCAGUGCCCGUGGCAGCCCGGCCACUUCCAGCCACUCCCACCCGCACGCCAACCACACCAAUCACACCAACCACACCAACGCAAACCACAGCCCAGCUGUCGUUGCUAAAAUGGAUCCACGCAUCAGCUGCCAGUUCUGUGAGCAGGAUCCACCGCGUGAGGCUGUCAAGACAUGUGUGACGUGUGAGGUUUCAUACUGCGACCGCUGCCUGCGUGCAACACACCCUAACAAGAAACCGUUCACCAGCCACCGUCUGGUGGAGCCGGUGCCUGACACUCACAUCCGUGGCCUGACCUGCCUGGAGCAUGAAAACGAGAAGGUCAACAUGUACUGCUUGGUGGAUGACCAGCUCAUUUGUGCCCUCUGCAAGCUGGUGGGCCGCCACCGAGAGCACCAGGUCUCCUCACUGACUGAACGCUUUGAUAAACUCAAGGCUUAUCAGGUGAGCCCGGGCAGAGUGUCAGAUGCGGUAAUGGAGGCUUCAAAGACAAGCGCUGCGCAAACCCUGGAAAACAAUCUGACCAACCUUGUGAAGAGGAAUAGUGAACUGGAGAACCAAAUGGCCAAACUGAUCCAGAUCUGCCAACAGGUUGAGGUGAACACAGCCAUGCAUGAAGCCAAGCUGGUGGAGGAGUGUGAUGAACUAGUGGAAAUCAUCCGCCAGAGAAAACAGGUCAUUGCUGUGAAAAUCAAAGAGUCCAAGGUGAUGAAACUGCGCAAGUUAGCUCAGCAGAUUGCAAACUGUCGCCAGUGUCUGGAGCGCUCCAGUGCCCUCAUCACACAAGCUGAACAAAGCCUGAAGGAGAACGAUCACGCUCGCUUCCUCCAGACUGCCCGAAAUGUAGCAGAAAGGGUUGCCAUGGCAACGGCCUCCUCCCAGGUACUCAUCCCUGACGUCAACCUGAAUGAGGCGUUUGACAACUUUGCCCUGGACUUUUCCCGAGAGAAGAAGAUUUUGGAGGGACUAGAUUACUUAACAGCUCCCAACCCGCCAUCCAUAAGAGACGAGCUGUGCACCGCCUCCCAUGACACCAUCACUGUUCACUGGACAUCAGAGGAUGAGUUCAGCGUCACCUCCUACGAGCUGCAGUACACCAUCUACACCGGCCAGACAAAUUUCAUCAGUUUGUACAACUCAGCAGACAGCUGGAUGAUCGUACCAAAUAUCAAGCAGAACCACUACACGGUGCACGGCUUACAGAGUGGCACCCGUUAUAUCUUCUUUGUCAAGGCUAUAAACCAGGCAGGAAGCCGCAACAGUGAGCCAGCCCGCCUCAAAACCAACAGUCAACCUUUCAAGUUGGACCCAAAGACGGCCCACAAGAAGCUGCGUCUGUCCAACGACUGCCUGACGAUGGAGAAGGACGAGAGCUCGCUGAAGAAGAGCCACACCCCAGAGCGGUUCAGUGGAACGGGCUCCUAUGGUGCGGCUGGUAAUGUCUUCAUUGACAGCGGUUGCCACUACUGGGAGGUUCUGCUGGGAGCAUCCACAUGGUAUGCCAUCGGCGUGGCUUACAAAUCAGCCCCAAAAAACGAAUGGAGCGGCAAGAAUUCAUCCUCAUGGGUGUUCUCACGCUGCAACAACAACUUUAUGGUGCGCCAUGACGGCAAGGAGAUGCUGGUGGAGGCAAGCCUGCAGCUGAGGCGGUUGGGUGUCCUGCUGGACUAUGACAACAAUUCACUGUCCUUCUAUGAUGCCAUGAACUCCCAGCACAUUCACACCUUUGAAGUCUCCUUCCUUCUGCCUGUUGUACCCACUUUCAUGAUCUGGAACAAGUCGGUCAUGAUCCUCUCAGGGCUACCUGUUCCUGAUUUUGUCGAUGUUGUGGCCUCAGAUCUUCAAGAGCAGCAACAGCAGCAGAUGGGCCUUUGCCGACAAGAGUCACCGUACUUGACAGGAAUGAAGACCUGCCACUGAGAAAGGUCCAGCAAUGGCCUAGCAGAGUCCACUCAGGCCCGGUGACUGAAAGGUUGAUUGGGAACUGAAUAACAUUGUCAGUGUGACUGAGUUCUCCUCUGCAUAAAGAGUGGACCAGUUGCUUUCUUAUGAAUUUAGAAAGUGUUGGAGAUAUGCACACCAGUCUGGAAAAAUGUCAGUCCUGUUAGUUUGUAGCCAUCCAAUGUUUUGCAAAUCCAUCAGUGAAUGGGAACAUGGUCUGUUGACUGCAGACUUAUAAUUCAUCUGAUGCCCUAGAAUCACUGAGGGCAGGGCUGGACAUCUGGUUUUCUUGACCAUUUAAGGUCUCCCUUUUUGAUUUAUUUUCCUCCCGAUUUGACCCCAGACAGAAGACCAAGAAAAGCAUUUACAGUUUGAAGUUACAACAUGUGAACAGUGAGAUUACAUGUCUCAGCCGAGGUAGAUUAAAAACAACAAAAUCUAGUAAAAAAAGUCUUAAACUUUAUUUAAAUGCCCACAUUUCUGUCUCAUUGAGGUUAAGUGAUAUGUCAGGGCAGUCAAAUAUGACAAAAUACAAAUUAAAUUUGAAACAUUUUUGAUUUGAGCAACAUUAGUAGUUAAAGGAGAAACUUGUAUUUAAACAUAAUCGCUUCCCUGACAAGAGUUAGAUGAGAAGAUUGACACCUUCCUUUCCAGUCUUUGUUUUGAAGUAAGCUAACCACCUUCUGGCUACAGAGAUGAGAGUUAUUGGUAUUGAUCUUUUUAUCUAACUUUAAGAAGAAAAAAAAAAGUCAGCUGAUGUCUGGAAGAAUUUAAAUGUGGAUGUAUCUUCCACUUUACUGCAUGGGCUCGAUGUUACUAUCUUGCUAAUGCAAAUGCAUUCUAGCUGUUGACUUUCUUGUGUUGCAUUACAACAGUGUUAUCUCCUGGUGUCACUGUUCAUGUGUUGUACCCUCAGUAGCUGUAAGCGGUUGUUGCUAAAAGUCUUUGACGCAGCAGUCCUGUUUGUAUUGCCGUGUCGUAGCUUCCAAGUUUCAGGAAGUGUUAACGUUGCUCCCAGAUAUUAACAAGAUCACAGGGAGUAGAUCUGCAUCAUGUGACUACUCAACUUGUAUUAUAAGAGGUUUAUUGAAUAUUAGAGGAAAAAGUGUUAUUUAUGAUGAAAAAGAUGGUUUACUUUUAUUAUUAAUCUCAACAUAUUCAUGAUGCACUUUUUAAUUAACACUAUUUCCCCUCUAUGAGUAUGAAAGUAGAUGGAGCGAGGUGGCAGGGAUGUAAUGAGCAGGGAAAGUGACAUCUAGCACUGCAGUAGUUGUGUUUACGCUUCUGAAAAUCUACAUCACUUUAUUUUCCUGUUCAUAUUUAGAAAAUGAUUUAUGGUUUAUAAUUAAUGAUGAUUACUGGAUAUUUACCAUAAUGAAUAAAGUGUAUUGGAGUGAAAUAGUAAAAAAAAAAAAAAACAAGAGCCCCAUUACAUUUUCUUUCACUGUGCUUUGAACACAACUAGUGACUUUCCCUCCCCAUGGCUCUUUUCGGUCGCAUAACUUUAUCUUGUUUAGAAAAGGGAUAUGAUUAUGAUGAUGUUUAUGGAAUUUUUAUCAUGAAGAAAUGGUAAUGAACUAAUAACUGUUUUAAAAAAAAAAAAGUUCACUCUGUUGUCAACUAUUCAGGGAAGGAGGGGGUUAACACUUUAACUUACUGUCUUUCGCAAAAUAUCAUGGCAUGAUUGUGUUUUCCUCUGUGAUUUGUUAACACACAUACACACACACAUGUGCACACACAAAUCAGCACACUCGUCAUGUUUUGUUUAGGUUGGCCAUGUCGUGAUAAAUGCAUGAAUCAUUGUAGGAUCCCACACCGGUUCACUGGGUAAUUUAUAGUAACUUUUCAUCAGAAAGUGACUCACCUGCACAUUUGCUCACAACAACAAGCUGUAGCUGGAUCCAUUGUUUGUUUUGGAUUUGGAUUUGUAGGCCUAGCGUUGGUGAUACUCUCUUUUUAGACUGAUAUUCAGGUAGCGGUUCUGAUUCAGACAAUCAAAUGUAUCAUAGUUUAUGCAGACUUAAGAGGUUGUGUAGCAGGAAACAGUAAGGAGUAACAAAGUGAAACUUGAGGUUGUGCUGAUGGUUUACAUAACAUCUCAUUAGAUUUGACAUCAAUAACCUGACACCUCAUUACCAUUUUUACUUUUCCCACAUGUCAGCAGGUAUGUACUUAAUGUGGAAGGUCAUGUAACAUUUGUAUUGACCGCCUAUAAUUUGCUAGAACGUACACUCAUCUCUAUUAUUUGCUCAGUUACUUGGGUGGAUGGGUUACAGCAAAGAUUCAGCGAUGUAAAACUCUCAGCUAUGGAACGGUAGUGAAAAUCUGACAUGUCAUGACCCAUCAGUGUACCUUUCAACCUGAAGUGUUCAUUUAGGCCAACUGUGUGAUGAGUCAUGAUUAUUUGGAGGUAUUGAUUGCCCGAGCGCUACAGGCAAAAGAUAAUUCAUCAGUCAAAGGUAACACAGCAGUAUGAAGGGAGUGUUAUUUUCUUUCUGUCAGCGAGAUUAGUGAAUGUUACCUGACUCCCAGAUAUCCACCCAUCUUGUUGAAAAUCGUCGGUUACAGGCUCGAAACGGCCAUGUGUUGAUUUGUAAUCCAGACUGACAAGCUCAAUUCAUCUGUGCAAGUGUGCUUGGCUGGGUCACUGCAUGAUUAUGUGACCUUGCUGCAGGUUUAUAACUCUUUCCUCAUCUUCAGGAUGGGGUUUCUUAUCUUGUGUCAAACAUAUUCUUUUUUUUUUCCCUUUUUUAAAUUUUUUUGGGGAAAAAAAAAAACAUGACAAGAACACUAAGACAUGAAAUGUUCAUUGCCAUGCAUAUCAGAUAGUUUGCAGUGUUCUUUUCUUUCUUCGUGUCACAAGUCAAUACAGCAAAAUAUAUACAGUGAAUGAUUUUCAAUAGCUACCCGCUCCUUGUAGUGCCGUGUAAUACCCUAGAGACAAUGCAAUAGAUUCUUCUUUUUGCUUUUCUGUUUGUGUAACUUGGAAAAAUAUUUUUUACAGCUCAUGAGAAACACGCUCCUUUCCUCUUGGCGUUUGGACCUUGAUAAACAGCACAAAAAGAGCAGCAUUGCAUUCAUGCAAGGCUUUCUGUUUCCAUAGAUAUGAUGAGAGAUAAUUUUAGCCAGAGAGGAAUGUAAAUCAUAGGGGGAAAUAUAUAUUAUAUAAAAUUGUAUAAUAAUACAAAAUACAAUACAAAAUAUAUAUGAAUAAAUGUUAUUUAUGUGAAUUUAAGUCCAAUUAAAAGUCUGAACCCAAA